AUGUCGGACCAGCGGACUGUUGUUAUUGCUAUUGAAGAUAGUGAGCACUCUUCGUAUGCUUUUGACUUUUACGUUGACAAUGUCCACAAGCCUGGAGAUCGUAUUGUUCUUGUCCAUGUGCCAGAGUAUAGCAGUGUUAUUACAGACUCGUCUUUGUUAACAAACACAGAGAUACUUGCGGAGUUACUGAAAGUAACGGAAGAGAAAACUCAAGAAUUGGUAGAAAAAUAUGCUUUGAAAAUGGAAGAACUGCGGGUAAGUGGAUCCGUAAAACAACAGACCGGGACGCCAGGGAAGGCAAUUGUAGAAGCUGUAAAAGAAGAGAGAGCAGAUCUGUUGAUUUUAGGGUCAAGAGGUCGAGGAUUUAUUCGCAGGACGUUUUUAGGAAGCAUUAGUGAUUACUGUCUCCACCACUGCAAUGUCCCUGUAAUAGUGUGUAGACAUAAGAAAUUUAAAUGUUCUCAGGACGAACGUAAACAAUGAUUACGAAAGACUUGUUCAUCACAGAACACACUAAUUCAAAACAGUCUAGAAGGAUUAACGUAGCAGGCGCCUCGGUCGAUAUUCCUUUUUAAAAUGCAGCUAUAAAGACUAUUUAUCAGACUGUUUGAAUGAGAUACAUUUUGUAUAUUUUUCAUAUCUAAUAACUUACUCACGUACUAGGUUGUAUAUUCAUCCCAUGCAUAAUUACUAUUUAAGAAUAGACUCGUUUUAUGCGCGA